CGGAAGCAGCGCUGAGGACGGUGCGUCUGUCAUUUACGAGUUUUACAGUGACCAGAUCGGCAUUGCGCAAUUACAAAAGAAAUGCUCAUUCAUGAUGCAACGAUUCACGUCUUUGGCUGUAUGUGGGGAACUCGCAUUCUUGACCUGUCCUUGGAAGAGGAGUAUUGUGUCACUUAAACACGAUACCCACAGCCAACCAUGGUGGCAUCAGCGCGUGCGCCCUCAUGCCAGCUGCGCGACCUCUCCAAAGCGCGCGUGGCAUCACCUGCGCAGACCGUCUGCGCCGUCUGCUCGCCAGCACUGCAGACAUUAUAGUAAAGAUGCGGACAGGGACACUAAGGACACUGAGCAUCCUGGCAUCACAGUGGUGGGGACCCCGGAUCCCAUCACAUGGAUCAGGAAUAAGAUUAUCUUGUUUUUAAUUGAACUGUAUUUUGGCUUGAAGUUCAGUGUGGAGUUUGACAGUGGUGUGAAACAGGUUGGUAUGAUACGGGCUCAAAAGUGGCUCAUUAAGGGGAAACUCCUAAAAAUCAUUUUAUAUGCUACUACUACGACUAAAAAGGGAAAAAAAAGAGAUGACCCAGAGAGCUCCCGCAUCUUCAAGAUGGACAUAACUGAAGAUGGUCCUCAAAAGAAGAUCAUCACAGCUGUGUACGAGUUUUAUCGUGAGUUGACUGCUGGCGCUGAUCCAGAGUGGACGGUGACUCGGAUAUGGCACUGGAAACAACUGGAGUAAAACAAUUAAACAUAACACACACAAGACCCCUCAAAAUUCACUUUACCAGACUAAAACAAAGACCAUGUUUUCACUUUAUGUUAAUAUCCAUCCUGGGUGAUUUGAUCACAAAUGGUCAUGUGAGGAACAUCAAUGUUUACAGCUGUUAGUAAUGCGUCUCAAAUGAGUCUCUUGUGAUUGGAUUUCAAAGGGAGGGUCUCUGAGCGUCUCUUAACACAGUUUAAAACCCAUGUUGUAGUGCAGUGGUUGAUUGACAGGUGAGUAGGUGCUUCACUGUUGCUACCAUAGAUGUGCAUAGGUAGAUUCCCCAUUCGACUGCGCCAAGCACAUAGACGUGUCCGCCGUCUUUAACGGUCAACUUGACGCCAUUCACCAUAAUAAUCAAUGGAAAUUCGAAGAUGCCACAAUCCUGCACAGUCGAGGUUUUAACUGCCGGGAUUUCAAUUCUUUAAGAAACG